CCCUGCCGGCACGGUCACACUUUCAUCAGUGAACGAUUUUUGCGCAAAAAAAAACGGAGUUUAUCAAUAAAUCGCUGCCUGCGAUUGCAUUGACCGUUGAAACCGCGUUCGUCCCCGUGCAGAAUCCGCAAAUUCCGGGCUUUUUCGCCCCAAAAUCGCGAUUCAGUGCUGCGAAAAGAAAAAAGAACGCAAGCAACGAUAACAACAGGCAGCGAGAGCGAGUGAGAUAGAGCGAGAGAGGGAGCAGUGCGGAGUGUUGUGUGUGUGCGUGCUGCCAACUUGUCGCACCGAUUCGCUGCUGGCCGCUGUGUGCGUGUGUGCUCUAUGUGGUUCUCUCAAAUAAAAAAAGGAAACCUUUUCGCGAUGCUAUACGAAAUUCAUCUGAGGUUUUAGGGCUAUGUCUGGCUUCCACGGCGAUUUGCUGGCUAGAUAGAUUUUCCCGACGAGAGCGACUUUUCAACAAGUUGCCAGCGCAGCGUGCAACGCGCGCACACACACACACACACUCACACACGGGCAAACACACGCGCAAGAGAGAGCGAGAGCGAGCAACAACAACAAAAGCUCUGAGCAGCAACGUUUUUAGUGAUGUCAUCAGAAAAAACGUCUUCAAGCUGGCCAAAUUGAAGCGGAAAAGGUAGCCAAACUGAAGCACUUGUCGGAGAGCGUCUCGGUGCUGCUGAAGAUCGCCAGGAUCGCCAACAUGGACAACAGCAUCGUCGAGGAGAACGGCAACUCGUCGGCGGCAUCGGGCUCCAAUGACGUGGUCGACGUGGUUGCCCAACAGGCGGCGGCAGCGGGGGGAGGCGGUGGCGGAGGAGGAGGAGGAGGAGGCGGUAACCCCCAGCAGCAACAAAACCCACAAAGUACAACGGUUGGCGGUCCAACGGGGGCGACGAACAACACCCAGGGAGGAGGCGGAGGAGGAGCCACCGUGCUGACCACCACCGCCAACUGCAAUAUACAAUACCCCAUCCAGGCGCUGGCGCAGCACGGACUGCAGGUGCAAUCCGUGAUACAGGCCAAUCCCUCGGGAGUCAUACAGACAGCAGCUGGAACCCAGCAGCAACAGGCGCUGGCCGCCGCCACGAUGCAGAAGGUGGUCUAUGUGGCCAAGCCGCCCAACUCCACGGUUAUCCACACGACCCCCGGCAAUGCAGUGCAAGUGCGUAACAAAAUCCCUCCAGCAUUUCCGUGCAAGAUCAAGCCCGAACCGAACACGCAGCAUCCGGAGGACAGCGACGAGAGUCUGUCGGACGACGAUUCCCAGCACCACCGCAGCGAGCUGACGCGACGGCCGUCGUACAAUAAGAUCUUCACCGAGAUCAGCGGACCCGAUAUGAGCGGCGCAUCGCUUCCCAUGUCCGACGGCGUGCUCGGUUCCCAGCUGGUGGGGAGCGGAGCGGGGGGCAAUCCGGCGAACAGCUCCCUGAUGCAGUUGGACACCUCGUACUACCUGUCCAAUCGGAUGUCCUACAACACCAACAACAGCGGGAUAGCGGAGGAUCAGACCCGGAAGCGCGAGAUCCGGCUGCAGAAGAACAGGGAGGCGGCGCGGGAGUGUCGGCGCAAGAAGAAGGAGUACAUCAAGUGCCUGGAGAAUCGAGUGGCGGUGCUAGAGAACCAAAACAAAGCGCUCAUCGAGGAGCUCAAGUCGCUCAAGGAGCUCUACUGUCAGACCAAGAACGAUUGAAUGUGGGCGGGGCUCUGGCGCCGCCUGCGCCCCCGCCUCCAGUUACGGUUACGUUUACGGCGACGGCUGCGCUGCGGUUCCGUUCUGGACAACGCCCGACAGCAGCGACGGAUGACCGAUCCUCCCCGUUGGCCGGCCGCAUAUCAUGAUUUAUAUACGUAUAGGAUGCUAUAUGUGGUAGCGUGUACAUUUACUGUAUGAUGGACUGUAGGAUGGGGGAUCGUGUUGUUGUUAGGAGGACGCAGACGGACGGGCGGGCAGAUGCACCUGCCGGACGGACGAGCAGAACACACAAUGUAAUUAUGUUUAUAAUUUAAUGAUGUAAUAUUAUGUUUAUGAUUUAGUUUAUACCUUAGUUUAUUUGCUAAUUUAACGACACUGGAGUUUACCCACGAACAUGUGUUUCUGUAUCCUAAGACCCUAUUACCAACAUACCUACCCUACGGAUUCUAUCCGCAUCCCUUUUGUAAUUAAAUUUUUUGUUUUACCUAA